AUGCUCCGUGUUGUUCCUUUCGACAGUCGAACCUUGGCGCUUGGUAUCAACUGGACCUUCCUACGGCUUCUCGGCUUCAUCCCUGGAGGUAUUCUGUUCGGAAUGCUGAUCGACAUCGCCUGUAUGGAUUGGGAAACGAGUUGCGGUAACCGUCAAUCUUGUCGAGUGUACGAUCCGCUUAAGCUGAGCUGGACGAUAACAGCCCUUGGUGAGUGCUGCUUGCUUUUCCUUGGAUUACGCAAAACAGAUUUGGACAAUGGCUUGUCAUUACGAUCGGUGGACUCACAUGGUGCUUUGCAACUUGUCGUUAAUGACGAUAGACCGCCAGAGGAUAUCAUCAAGGAUCAAAAUUUAACUAAUUGA